AAUACAUCAAGGUGGGCCCUACAUGGUUAGAGUAACACCCACUAAGCUGUUACUACCCGGGUAACAGCUCAUCCGCUCUCGUAAGCAAUCCGCGCCCCGACCAGUACCGGCCUUGGUAGUGGUUACCGAAUCCAAGUACCCUUUUUGAUGGAUUGGAUGUGGGCCCCACAUCACGGUUCGAGAAGAAGCUUGUUUUACAAUAGUUGCAUAAGGAUCAGACUUCCAAGAAACAAUCCUCAUUUGAAUCGAAUUUGAAAAGAGAUGAGCAAAUCAGUGCAGCAGGCGAGGCUUUGCUGUGCUCGUUUUUGCCUGUUAUGUGCUCGACGAAAGUACCCUGAGACCUGGAUUUUUUCUUUCCUCAGAAUCAUUCUCCAAUCUUGUUCUUUGAGACCAGGGUAGCAGCACUCAUAUAGGUGUGUAGCUUAGCUUCGUUGGCAAUGCAUGACUCUACAUCCUUGGCCAUGCCUUGAAUAAGCUUAGGUUUUGAGUUAACCGCCUUGAUUCUGCCAGUGUCCUUCACUAGUGUUAGACUUGUCACUUCGCCUCCUCUCCAAGUUGGAGUUGUUGGUUGCCCUUUGUCUAUCAUAUCUCGAGUGGAUUUCAUGUUUAAGUGUCCAUCUAAGUACAUAAACACAUCCAAGUGCUUGACUCCUUUGCCACUCGACUUUGCAACACAUUCAAAAACUUGAUUCUCACCGUAUCCAACUCUAGCACUUGGGCUUGUCGUCCAUAACAUUGAGGAGUUGCAUCGAUCCAAUGUGUAAUUGCUUGUUAACUUCAUCUUCUUUUUAAUCUAGAAUGGAAUCUCAUAGCCCAGGCUCCACAUUGCAUGGGUUAGGACCUCGGCCAAACCUCCUCAUGGGCCCCACUUCACAUGGGUUCCGCUUCACACGGGCGACCCACCCCGAGUAUGUCCCCACAUCCCACAGGCUACCCCAUUUGAGCCUGGUGUGAAAAUGCCUCUGCAUUAAUCACCCCUAGUGAGGAGUCUCGGACACGAGACCUCCCGCUUUGAUACCACUUUGAUGCAGGACAAUUAACCACUUGCUCUAAAAGCUCGAAUUGAUAGAGAGUGGCGAAUCAAUCCCUAUAUAUCAUAGCCCAGGCCCCACAUCGCAUGGGUUAGGACCUUGGCUGAACCUCCUCGUGGGCCCCACUUCAUGUGGGUUCCGCUUCACAUAGGCCGCCCACCCUGAGUGUGUCCCCGCAUCCCACAGGCUACCCCACUUGAGCCCGGUGUGAAAAUGCCCCUGCAUUACUUCCUCUCCUUCUCCCUCCCCUUUGCCUCAACCAUCUCUUCUCAAAAGUCUUGGACUAGAAGAGUUGCCCAUUAUGAACUCUAUCAAAGAUUCCACUGAUGCCAUAAUCGUCGCAAGAUCCUACACAACUAUUCAUUGUAGUUUUUGCUGGCCCAGUGUUGUAACUCAUCCAUGAAGUUCAAGAGGAGUUCCUUCUUAGGCAUGUCAAGAAUCUCCAGCAUAAGUGGUAAAAUUCCUUGCCUUAAAAAAACAGUAAAAUUCUUUGAUGUGCUCGUAGGUCACAAACCCUUGUGCUUCAACUGCUUGAGAUUCCACCAUGCCAAGUGUUCGACAUUCUCGGGAUAUAAUUGCUUCUUGAUCAUCCUCUUGAAGUCUGUCCUCCCAAAUGCUGAUGAUACAUGUAUCUCGCUCCAUGUCUGCAUGAUGCCUUCGCCACCAUAAGGUCGCCACAUUGGUGAGGUACAUUACCGCAUUCUAAACCCUGGCCUUCUCAUCUUUUAGCGAUAUGGCCUCAAAGAUUGCUCUAGUUGCCAAAGGAAAUUGUCCACCUUCCCAGCAAUCCCUGAUUCAUUGAAGGUCCAAGGGUCUGAUUUCACACCUUGGAUGCUCCCCCAGGGGCCAUACUCCCAUUGGCGUAAUAACCUCUCAUCUCAUCAACCUUCUCAUUUAGCAUGGUGUUCUCUAGCAUCAUAGCCUGGAAGGCUUUCCUCUCUUGACAUUGAGUGUCAGCUAAUGUGUUUAGAGCAACCCAUCAUCUCCCCUCUUGAGUUCCUUGAGUCUGCUUUCAAGUUCCUCUAUGUUGCUGGCCAUAUAGACUUAGACCGAUCCUGCCAUUGACCACGGCGAUAUCCAACAAUGCAAGUCAUGCCACCCUUGCCUCUACCACCUUGGAUUUCUCUCCCCCAGGUUUGCUUGGACCAACCACCUCAUUUCCACAUGCUUGCUCCUUGAUCACCUCAGAUGACAUUGUAUCUCUCUCGUCUCACAAGCGUUACGAGCCCCUUCAUAACCACAUUCUGAUACCACUUGUCAUGGCCUAAUUGCUUCCCCAAGCAAAAACCGUGGGACACUUGACUUACAACCCCUUUGUGGACAAGUCAAUCACUCAAGUGUAGCUAAGCUACUUGGAAGAGAAGGGAUUACACACAAGAGAGACUUCGGGGCAAGAGAACUUAUAUUGAACUAGAAUUCAAGAGCUUAUAACUUUUUGUUGUGAGUUAAAAAUGAGAACUCCUUGUACAAACCUAAGAACCUUCUAUCUAUUUUACAUGGAUGGCUAGAAUGAGGCCAUGUAGUGGUCAUCCAAUGGCUAGGAGCACUCUAGAAACCACUUAGACCAUUCUACGCUCCUCACUCUACAAAAACCCACUAGAGAACACUAUAACAUCCAGAGAUCUCCUCACUACUCUGCUUUCUUCUAUAAUUCUUUAGAAUUCUCUACACAACUCUACACAUUAUGUACAGUCUCUAGUGUACAAGAUGUUGGUUAGUCCUUGGAAUAGCCUCUUGAAAAUGUAUGGUCCCUGACAAGCUACAACAGGAGAAAAUGGAAGAGAGAGAACGAGAACAUUAAAAAAUUGAUGAUGGUGUAACAUACAGCUGAUUGAAAUAAUGGCUGUUCAUGGUUGUAUGAAUCAAAAUCAUUUUGAUGAUGAUGAUGAAGAUGAUGAAUUACCUUUAGUUUUUAAAAGGCGUCGUCCGGCACCCUGGCAAAAUCAAUUGAAAUCCACAAUAAAGAAACUACCAUCCCAAAGGCAUGAUAGACUAUCAGCUUCUGAUCGCCGAAACUCAAAUUUGUCAAACCAUAAUGUGGCUUUACCUGAGAAGGUAUCAAGAAGAAGGUCUACUGUUACUAACUUAAAAACUUCAAUAAGUUGUCGGUCAAAACAUUCAUCAGAACGAGACUCCGCAGCUUAUGAUAAGGAAAAAAAGCUUUUAUACAAGUCUCCUGUUGAAUCAGCUGUUGGUCCUGAUGAUAAUAUACCAUUGUACUCUCGAAUACCUACAGCUUCUGUGGCAGGUCAGAAAAGAAAAUUCUCCCACCUUUCAGAGGAUUGCAUUUCAUCUGUUCCUAGUUCAUCCCGUCCAGAAAAGACAAAAACCAGCAUUGAGAAAUCUGCGGAUGAUUCAGAAGAUGAGAAACCUUUAUCUUCGAAGCUAUCAAAGUCUGGUAUUUGUGCAUUUGCUAGAACCUCAUACAACUCGGAUGAUGAGAAAACUCUGUCUGAUGAGUUUCAGCAAGAUGGUUCUGGCAAGGGGAAUUCAGAUACCGAACAGUCUUUUGAAUCCACCAUAGGGUUGAACAAGAGGCUGGUGGGUGAAGUCAAUAGCUCUCCCCAGUCAUCUUCCAUCAAAAAGCUAAAAAUUUAUAGCGCCUCUUCAUUUUCUGAAGUUAUGCAAGAAUGUGAAGUGAACAAAGAAGCACAAUUGGAUGAUGAUGACUACACCCCGAUUGCACAGCGAAUGAGAACGCCCAUUCUGUCGGAUAAUCGAUCAUCCUUGAAACUGAAGAUUGUUUCUUCUUCAUUCAAGAAAACAUCUAGUAAAGUGAUGGAGAAUUGUAAACACUCCAAGUUGAUGAAGGUGCCACCUGGCUUUGGUGGUGGUCAAAAGUGGACAACCUUGGAGCACAAUGGCGUCAUUUUUCCUCCCCCAUACAAGCCUCAUGGGGUUAAGAUGCUCUACAACGGACAGCCAGUUGAUUUAACUCCGGAACAAGAGGAGGUGGCAACAAUGUUUGCAGUGAUGAAAGACACAGAAUAUGCAACCAAGCAAAAAUUCAUUGAUAACUUCAUGAACGAUUGGAGAAUGAUACUUGGCCAAGACCAUGUAAUUAAGAAAUUUGAGUUCUGUGAUUUCACCCCGAUCUAUGAGUGGCAUCAAAAGGAGAAGGAAAAGAAAAAAGAAAUGAGUAAAACAGAGAAAAGGGCUUUGAAAGAAGAGAAAUUGAAGCAAGAAGAGAAGUACAUGUGUGCCAUUGUUGAUGGCAUCAAAGAGAAGGUUGGAAAUUUUAGAGUUGAACCACCUGGACUCUUCCGUGGCCGUGGGGAGCAUCCCAAGAUGGGGAAAUUGAAAAGGCGAAUCCAGCCAAGUGAUAUUACAAUAAACAUUGGAAAGGAUGCUCCAAUUCCAGAAUGUCCAAUUCCUGGUGAAAGGUGGAAAGAAAUAAAGCAUGACAAUACUGUCACAUGGUUGGCAUUUUGGAAUGAUCCAAUCAAUCCAAAAGAAAGCAAGUACGUUUUCCUGGCAGCGUGCAGUUCCCUUAAAGGGCAAAGUGACAAGGAGAAAUAUGAGAAGGCAAGGCUGUUGAAGAAUUACAUCCAUGGCAUUAGAGAAACAUACACAAGGGAUUUCGUGAGUAGAGAUCUUACCAAGCGGCAAAUAGCAGUUGCUACCUACCUUAUUGAUAAGCUAGCUCUUAGGGCAGGCAAUGACAAGGAUGAUGAUGAGGCCGAUACAGUUGGUUGCUGCACUAUGAAAGUCGAAAAUGUUACAUUACUUCCACCAAAUAAGUUACAGUUCGACUUCCUUGGUAAAGAUUCCAUCAGAUAUUUCAACACAGUUGAAGUGGAACGCCCUGUGUACAAUGCUAUUGCACAAUUUCAAAUAGGAAAAAAGGAGGGGGCCUGUCUUUUUGAUAAGCUGGAUUCAAGCAAACUCAAUGCUCAUCUCAAGGAACUGAUGCCUGGCCUCACAGCCAAAGUCUUCCGUACAUACAAUGCAUCUAUCACCUUGGAUUGCAUGUUGAACGAAGAGACAAAGGAUGGUAGUGUUGCAGAGAAGAUAGCUGUUUAUCAGCAGGCAAACAAAAAGGUUGCAAUCAUAUGCAAUCAUCAACGUAGUGUCUCCAAGUCCCACGGGGCGCAGAUGUCAAGAUUGAGUGAGAAGAUUGCGGAACUGAAGAGUGUGCUGGAUGGACUGAAAGUGGAUUUGAUUCAGGCUGAGAAUGGGAUGCCCCUAUUGAAAGAUGCAGAUGAGAAGAAGAAAAAGAAGCUGUCACCUGAAGUGAUUGAGAAGAAGAUCGCUCAGACCAAUGCAAAAAUAGAGAAGAUGGAACUUGAUAUGAAGAUCAAAGAAGAUAUGAAGACGGUAGCAUUGGGCACGUCGAAAAUCAACUAUCUCGACCCUAGGAUAUCUGUUGCAUGGUGCAAGCGCCAUGAAGUUCCCAUUGAGAAGAUAUUCAACAAGUCCCUUCUUGCAAAGUUCGCUUGGGCGAUGGAUGUUCAUCCCUCUUUCAGAUUCUGAUUUGGUUUUCAACUGUCUAGAAGGUCACCCAAGUCAGGUAAGCACCAGCAUAUCUUGGUUAUCUUUUUUAGGAGCGGAGAAAUAUUCAAUGUUGUGUGUGCAUCUAAUCCCAUGGGUUCUGUUACUCUUAACUUCCUUUAUAUAUACUCAAAGGCGCUAGCAAAGCCUCAGCAUAUAAGUCAGUCUUGAAACUUCUUCAUAUAUAUGACUGCUACUUCAUGUUGUUUUAAGACAUGGAAUCGUGUGAGCACAUGGCAGAUCUUUGUUGGUUUUA